AGUGCCAUGGGAAGUGAUGAUAUCAUAGCAGGGAACGUGAGCAAGUACAUUGUUCUCCCAGCUGGUUACUGUGGGCAGCCCAAAAAAGGACAUCUUAUAUUUGAUGCCUGUUUUGAAAGUGGGAACCUUGGCAGGGUGGACCACGUCUCAGAGUUUGAGUAUGACCUCUUCAUCAGGCCAGACACCUGCAACCCUCGCUUCCGAGUCUGGUUCAACUUCACUGUGGAAAACGUGAAGGAAUCACAGAGAGUAAUUUUCAAUGUUGUCAACUUCAGUAAAACAAAAAGCCUCUACAGAGAUGGGAUGGCUCCAAUGGUGAAAUCCACAAGCCGACCAAAAUGGCAAAGAAUCCCCUCCAAAAACGUGUAUUACUACCGCUGCCCAGACCACAGGAAGAACUAUGUCAUGUCCUUUGCUUUCUGCUUCGACCGAGAGGACGACACCUACCAGUUUGCCUACUGCUACCCCUACACCUACACUCGCCUGCAGCACUACCUGGACAACCUCCAGAGGAGGAACAUGGACUACUUCUGCAGGGAAUUACUGGGGCUCAGCGUGCAGAAGCGGCGGCUUGACCUCCUGACAAUAACCAGCCCCGAGGACAAAACUGACCUUGAGAACAGUGUGAUGCAGAAGAAAAUUAAAAUCCCCAAACUCUCUCUCAAUCACAUAGAAGAAGCUGGGGAAGUUACAGAUUAUGGGGAAGAAGAUGUGGAGCUUAGACACAGUAAGAGACAAGAUGGGAGGAAACAAAGUGAAGGUACACACAAAAGCAUUGAAGCAGUUGUUGCUCGCCUUGAGAAACAGAACGGGAUGAGUCUCAGUAAUACUUCCAGCCCUGAGGAGGCUUUUAUGGAGGCUACAGAAGGCAUGAACAAUAUGGACAAUGCUGUAGUUCCUCGGAUUCUCUAUGAGGAAUUGCUGAGGAGUUACCAGCAGCAACAGGAAGAGAUGAGACACAUUCAACAGGAGCUUGAGAGAACGCGGAGACAGCUUGUGCAACAGGCAAAGAAGCUCAAGGAGUAUGGGGCACUCGUGUCAGAAAUGAAAGAGCUCAGAGACUUGAACAGGAGGCUCCAGGAUGUACUGCUCCUAAGACUAGGUAGUGGACCUGCCAUUGAGGUUGAAAAAGUAAAACCUGAAUCAAUUGAGCCUGAACCUGAGGUACAGAAGACCUUCAGUGAGGAAGCAAAUACAUCAACGUACUACCCUGCCCCUGUUCCAGUAAUGGACAAGUAUAUUCUCGAGAAUGGAAAGGUCCAUCUUGGCAGUGGAAUUUGGGUAGAUGAGGAGAAAUGGCACCAGCUGCAAGUAACACAAGGAGAUUCAAAGUAUACAAAAAAUCUAGCGGUUAUGAUUUGGGGAACAGAUGUUCUCAAGAACAGAAGUGUCACAGGAGUUGCAACCAAAAAAAAGAAAGAUGCCGUUCCCAAGCCACCUCUCUCACCUCACAAAUUAAGCAUUGUCAGAGAAUGUUUGUAUGAUAGAAUAGCACAAGAAACUGUGGAUGAAACUGAAAUUGCACAGAGACUCUCCAAAGUCAACAAGUACAUCUGUGAAAAAAUCAUGGAUAUCAAUAAAUCAUGUAAAAAUGAAGAAAGGAGGGAAAUUGCAAAGUACAAUUUGCAAUAAAUUUUGGAUUUUUAAUAAAGUCUUAGUGUUUUACUUAAGUGUUGGUUUUUGAUUUGUGUGGCAUUUUUGCUGAUGGGAGAAGCUGAAUUGAAGCGUUGCUCUCUUCCUAUAACUGAUUCGUUUUUUGAGCAGUUCUGUCAUGGUGUAAACUGCUUUUAACUAAUGUAAGAUAUAUUGUAAGUUCACUCCCAAUGAAAACUGAAGUUUCCAAGGUUUCUCCAGCGAGUUGCAGUUUGUUACCUGCGGUUGUACAUUGGUUCUGGCUCUGUGGACACCGACCCGUUUGCCCUGCGUUGAGUUUUGCUGGAGUUAGUGGAUCUCAGCUGCAGUAAAACAUCUGCUUAGAAGGAAGAACUGUACAAAAUUCACUUUGCUAUUGGAAAGGAUUUUACUGUAUUUUACAAAGUGUUUUUUUCUGAAAUGAAAUUUCAAUCGUUUGUUUUUAUAAAUCUUUGUUUUGAUCUCUAACAAUAUAUUUGAUCAAAAAUACACAAAGAACGUUUCUUUUUCAAUUAUCUUGUAGGCAGAUCACUAUUACCAUCACAGUUAAAAAAAUAAAAACUAAACGAUGAACAACAAAGAACCCAAAGCUGUAAGCUGUAAAAUCAUGAUAAUUCAUUUUAACAAAUAAAUCUAAAACCACUUCUUUUACAGGGACCAAGACACUUCAAAUUUCUGGUUGUGGUAUAAAGUUUCUCAGUGUGUCCAUACUGUUGUUCUUGAAAUAUUACCUUUUUAGUGUAUUUGUACUUUCAAACAAUUUAAAAUUUGCCACACUAUGGCAAGAGUAUGUACAGUAGAAAAUUUAGUACAAUUUUGUUUGCGUCCAUAAUUUAAAAAUGGACACUUUUAGCACAAAUUUUAAUUACAAAUAAAAAUAAUUUUCUACAUUGAAGUUAGACUUGCGAUGCAAAGUUUUUAGAAAUAAUUUGUCAUAAAAAAUGUCAUUUGUCAUUGAACUAUAUGUUAUUGCGUGUAAGUGAAGCAAAAUAUUCUCUUUUCAUGAAGGAUUUAGAGAUAAUUUGAGAUCUGGAUUGAUGAAUUUUGAGGGUUUGUGAUCUCACUUAGCCUUCCAUUUAUUCUGUGCUCACAGCUGUGAUUGUCUCCCUUGCAGCCUACCUGUUCCCAAGUGUCAGCAUUUGUUUCUUUACCACUGCAAUUCUGUUUCCUGUAGUCUUGAAAAACUUCCCAUUUCUUAUCACCUUCCUGUGGCACUGGUUCACCCUGAGGUGAAGCCUUUUUCAGUGUCCGAUAAUGUAGAUAAUGUGGAAAGGAACAGGCUGCUCGGGUGGACUCACUAUGCCUGGAAGUAUUUAAAUGAUAAAAGAUAAAGAUGUGGCACUUGGGGACAUGGGUUAGUGGUGGGAUAGGCAGUGCUGGGUGAAUGCCUGGACUUGGUGAUCUUAAAGGUAUUUUCCAAGCUAAAUGAUACCAUAAUUCUUUAAUGUGGAGGGAUAGAAGGUAAGAGAAUAGUGCAGAAGGCAAUCUCACACCUGAGGACUUGCAGCUGUGCUCAUCACCAAAGAUUAAGAACAGCCCUGAACUUAAUAGGCCACAGCUGUGUCCAAUGAGGAGAUGAGUGCUACAAAAGAGGGGGUUAGCUGGGGGAGAGGACAGCUGGAAUUUGUUGGUUGUGCUGUGAAGAAGAGUCAGUGCUGUGAGGAGCUGUCCAUGAGAAAUCACUGAAAAGGUAUGGGAGCUUUGAAAUAAGAUGGCGACAUUUUAAAGGGCUGGGUGAGUGUAAGAAGAAGAGGAGGGGAGGAGGAGGAGUGCUAGACCUGCCCUCCCUCUCUUGGAAGAGAUGAGACAAACAGCAGGUUGUUUCUCCCUGUACUUCACCUGUAUGUAAUUAGUGUCUUAACUCAUAGCUAAGUGUUUGCUUUAUGCUUUCUAAAGUCACUUUUAUGGUUACCUUGCACCAGCCUCGUGCUGUGCUGCCAAACAGGAACAUCAAAUUUUCACCACUGGUGCACCUGCAUUCCUGUCCCUUCCCUUAACCCCACAGUGUGACUGAACUGGUGUGUCAGAUCCCAUUGAUUUCCAGGGUUCAUUUCUCAACAGCUGCUUCCCAUGGGAUGGAGCCAGAGCUUUUGUGGUGAGGGGUGGAAAGAGCAGGAGUGUGUUUUUCCAGUGUCUUAUGUGUGCCCUGAAGUUUCUUUGGAUGGCCUCCCUUGUCUCCUGCUAAUAUCAAAAGUGUUCUUAGGUAGUGUUUAAUGAAGUACAUAAAUGUUUAUGUUUCCUAAUUUGGGAUGCUAAAUAGCAGAUUAGUGUUUAAAAUGUCACUGCAUGUAUCCUUUUAUUAAUUAAAGAGAACAAAUAGAGAUAACACUGAAAAAACAUUUAAACAGCAAGUUUCCCCUUUUCAAGCAGACUUGUGAAUGUACAGGGUUGGUUUUUUUUAAGUGAUACUAAGGCAACCCACUAUUUUGGGGAAAGUGCCCAUAAUUUCCUUAGUAUUUUAUGGCUUUAGUACUAAUGUGUUUCCAUUGUAACACAUUCUUUAAUGAGAAGAUCAAGCUGAACUUCUUAGAAGAUAAGCCUAUUUUAUGAAACCUGGAAAAAGCAGCUUAGAAUUUAAUUAGAGUUAGGACUCCAGCCUGGCCCCAAAAAUCAGAGGUGUUAAUUCCUUCUGCAAAACCAGCAUCACCUUUCUAGGGCUUCUCCUUGACGUACUUGUCCCAUCAGAUGUUAAUACUGCAUUUUGCUGAAGAAUUAAAAUGUUCUCUUUGGGCACAGUAUCUUGGAAGACAUCAUUAAAUUUUUCCUGGAGAUUUCAUCAGCCCAGGCUAGUUUUCAUUUGAGUUCAACAGGGAUAUUUGAGUGGCACAAAAAAGUUCAGUUCCGUUUGAACCGUAGUGUCAAUGGGGGCUAAGAAAUGUGUCCAUUGGAGUGGGCAAGUGGUGUUUAAUGUGCCACUCGAAACUUUGUUGAGUCAUGUUAAAGAAGUAGGAUAUAUUAAAGGUAGAACAUUGUGUUUCAACUUGAACUAAAUCUUUGGAUACUGAAAAUAAGUUUUUUGCUAAUAAUAAGCCAUUUCUGCACACUGUGGUUGUAUGGCAGCGUGCUGGGUGCUCUGCAGGGAGUAAUGGGUGUGUGAAUAACAUUUCAUACUUUUAUUUGGUCAUUACUCUUGUCUUUUCCCUCCCCAUGAGCCAGUAUCAAGGUUGUACAAUUGUUUCCUAGUGUGUCUGUUUGAAGUAGGGAAAUAGGCUGCAGUUCCAUGUUCUAGCAAUACCCAAGAAAAAUAGGAACUUUAAUGAGGUGUGCUUUUCUGCAUUGCAAAACUGAUGUAUAAAUUAACUGUGAGUUUCAUUUCAUUUUCCUGCACUGCGUUUAUGACCAGGGCUGUUCUUGUUGGUACAUUAAUUUUUCCAUAAUUGUGCCUGCCCGUACAUAGUUUGCUUUGUUCAUAUUGUGUAUGCUGUGAAUCUACCAUAGGAAACUAUAGAAAAUAGUCCCUACUAACUUUUUCCUGCUUUAGGGUAACUUCUUACCUGUACAUCAUGAGAAACAGGAUAGAGUUUUGACAGAAAGUGAAGCAGGUUUUAUUACACCCUGUAAUACCCCUCAUUUGUCAUUCUAAGGUUUGUGCUAUGCCAUUACCUCAUACUGUAAACCUGGAUUUGUAAGGAUCAGAAAGACAUGGAUUUAAGAGGAAGUGACAGUUUACUCUUUUUUUAAUCAAAGCAGGAAGGAGGUAUUGCUGUUAUAUGAAUAAUCUGAUCUUCUGUUGCCACACAUUGCUGCAGUAAUUUGUGAUAUUCAUGAUCUGAUCCAUAUUAAAGUGCCUCUGGCACACUUGCAAGGAAGCAAGAUUAGAGUUAACAAAAAGGGCUUUAUUUUCUAUUAGUGAUUUUAUAAGGGAUAUGAGCUGUUGUGUUAAAGGAAAGAAUCAUACCAGGGACUUUAAUAGCUAAAAUCUAGCCACUCAAUUAAAAAAAAAAAGAAAACUAGUAUUUAUUAGAGAGGGGAAAAAUUUGUUCACUUCUGCUGUUCCAGAACAGGUUUGGAUUUACUGAUGCUUUAUAGAGAUGGGAGAGUUUUUAAAGAAAAUAGUAAAAUACUUAUGUUGAAGUUGAACUCUAAGCAGGAAUUCAAGGUUGCAUUGGUUAGCUGUUGUUGGCUGUCAAAAGCAGGUGCAUUCUCCCUGUGGGAGGUCACUUCUUUGCACCUUACCUUUGAUGUUGUAUCUGAGAGAUUACUGUGAUGGCUGCUUUGUUGUCUUAAGCAGAGAUUAUUGUCCUCUUGGAAGUUUUAAGUAGCAAUAAAUUGAACUUUUUGGGAUUUACUGAAAUUGCAAAGAUAAUUCUACUUCACACUUCCAGAAUCUAUAGACUUUUAGAAAUUAAAGCUAAGUGCAGGUCAUUGUUAAAAUGAUACAAUCUUGAUGCAGAAGCUCAGAGAAUUGUGUGAAUUGGGAACAUUGUGUAUUAGCUGUGGCUUCACUGCGUAUUAGCUCUUGAGAACACCAAAUCUGACUGGCUUCAGAAAGGGAAAGCAAGGUUGUGUCACAUGGAGCUGCACUGAGGAUUAUUUCAAUAUUCCAUCUUUCUGACAUGAGAAUUCUCUUCUGAAAGAGACAAAGACACAACUUGUGCCUCCUCAGAUUGAGGUGGUAGCUUUCUCCAUACUCUUGAAAAUAUUUGUCAUUCUGUGUGUGCCUUUAGUCUCGGAUUGAUGAAGUCAUAACAUCAAUUGCUCAGACUUUAUUGGUGUCAUUUUUUUCAUCAUAACAGUGUGGAACUCUGAAGUGAUUCAUACAAUACCAAGGCAAUAAAAGCGUUAUGAAGUGUAAUCAUUGCAUGUUUCAUGCUCAAUAGCUAAUUUUUAAUUUCACCAUCUUGGAUAUUUUUUCAUCCCCUCAGGGUUCCUAAAUAGGAAAAGAGAAUCAUUUGGACUUGGACAACAGGAGCAGUGAUUCAGGAAGGAAUUAAUUUAUGUGGUUGUUCAUCUGUUUUACUUUUGCAAUUAUUUUUCCUGUUUAUAUUUGAACAAUAACUUUCAUUCCGUGUGUCAGAUACCCUCUUGUCAUGCAGUGAAAUCAUGGUUCUGUGGUUGUGAGAUCAUUUGUUUACCAUAAAGAGGAAAAUACCUCACUUACAGCAUCAGAUGAAGUUGCAUUAUGGCUGGAUCAGAGCAAAGGUGAAAGGCAGUCUGGGAGGGGAGGAAGAAGCUGAGCCUAAAGGAUUUUUUUCUGUGCUGCCUUCUGGCUAGAAAACUUCUUCCUACAAAGGAAAUUGUUUCCUCCACAUUUAGCAGAAUAUCAACUUUAUGUUCCUUGUUUAUUGAUAGUUAAGCCUUAAUGGAACUGAAGUCUUUAUGAAUAUAUAUGUUUAUUGCAUCAGGCUACCUACUGUCAUGCUGAAUUUUGGUCUUUAGUGAUUUGAAAUUAAAGAGUCACAGAAAAUUUCCUGAACAACCCAAGAGAGGCAUAGGUUGGGGGUGAUUUAGCCUUUAUUGUAAUAUAAAAAUUGCUAAAAGUUCUAUGAAAUAGAAGAUAAGAAAUGACGUGUGUUGGUGUUUUUGUAUCCUUUAUAGUUGGCCUGAGCUUUUAUGCUUUUGGAGUGAGGGGUGCAGGUUUCAUGGGAUAGCCUGAUCAUUAGAAGAAUUGGCUGUGAACACCCUUUGGUGUUCACCCUGCUGCAUGUGAAUGAUGCCCUGGGACAGCAGCAGAGGGAAUGUGCCUUGGUAGUGCCAUAUCACACUGGUACCAGCCCCUUCCACAGGAGACUCAGAUGAAAAAGCUUUUAUGGGAGCUUCAUAUCCUUUAUACUCAAAUACAUCUUUAAUGUCAGCCCAAAUGUUUAUUUAAACCUUACUGAAUUGUAGUUUAGUUUAAAAAAAAAAUGUACUUUCAUGUGUUUCUCAUUUUUCUUGUAAUUAACUGAGUAUCAUUCUGGGAGAUGUCUUUCUCCAUGUUUCAGUUGGGGUAUUAAGCCACUCAUACUUGAAAAUAGUCCAUUUGGACAUUCUGUUUUUGUAAGCCAGAUGAACUAUGACUUUACCUUUACUUAUGGAGUCCUUUGCAGGAUUUAUGGAAGUACCUUUAGAGAAUAAUUCUCAAAGUGUGUAGGAUGGAAGGUGGAUGGGUCAAAGCAUUGCCUUCAAGUUAAUGUUCUGUGUUUUCAUUUCUUUAAGAGUCUAAGGUUAUGAAAAACUAAAACUCUGUAAAGUAGGAUUUUGCUUUCUUUUUCUGCACUGUAUAUUAAAAUUCUUUGACACUCA